AUGUAUAUUCAUUGGUCUCAUCAUUAUCUUCCAAAAUUGUUUGGUGGAUUGUCAUUCAUUUUCAAUCCUCUUUUUAUGUAUUUGAUUGUGACUGAAAAGAAGACAAAUAUUGGAAAUUACCGAUUUCUAUUGAUGUUUUUCGCAAUUUUCGAUAUGAUAUAUUCUCUGGUUGAACUUCUUGUUCCAGUUGCAAUUCAUGGAACUGGUUAUGCUUUUAUUAUUUAUUUGACUGAUGGUCCAUUCAUAGGCAAUCUCAGAUUCGGUCAAUUAGCAGUCUCUGUUCGAUGUGGAUUUAUUGCGUUGAGUUAUGGUAUUCUUGCUGUUCAUUUCAUCUAUCGAUACAUUGCAUUAUUCAAUCCAAAAUAUCUUCCCGAAAUUCUUCGACCAAUUGGAAUGUGUUGUAUAUUUACAUUUUUCAUUGCUCACGGCAUUGCAUGGUCCACAAUUUGUGAAACAUUUUUGUAUUUGGAUAAUGAGAUUGCUGAAUAUAUUCACGAACCAUUUAUGAGAAUCUAUGAAUGUAAUUCACACAAUCUUUCAAUGCUUAUAGCUCUGUACAAUGUAAGGUGUUCUUCUAAUGAAAAAUAAUAAAAAAUCAAAAAAUGUUUUCAGGACGGUAGUGAUUCUAUUAGACUUCGAAGUUGGGCUGGAAUUCUAAUCCUCACUGGAAUUUCAAUUUAUGCCAUUUCACUCUACAUAAUCCUUGGUACAAAAAUUGCUUUGAAACUUCGUGACAAUCCAGCUCUCUCAAAAAUCACAAAAACAAUGCAUAAACAAUUAUUCAAAGCAUUGGCAGUUCAAACAAUCAUCCCAAUUUGUAUCAGUUUUGCCCCAUGUUUAGCUGCUUGGUAUGCUCCAGCUUUGCAUUUAGAUUUUGGAAAAUGGAACAAUUAUUUGGGAGUUAUUGCAUUGUCUGCUUUUCCUUUCAUGGAUCCACUUGCAAUUAUUUUACUUCUUCCAAAUUAUCGAAAUCGAAUUUUUCCAAACUCAUCGAAAACAAUUCGACAAUGCACAACUACAAUGGCUUCAAUGACGUCACGAGCAUAUUUGAGUCAAUUUACAGCAAGUGUAAAUUAUGUUGUUUGA